CGCCGACCGACGCCGAGGCGUAGAGUUUCAGCCGCAGGGCACUGAGCGCGCGUGUGCGCGCGCUCUAGAGCCAUGCCGUCGGUCAAGGACCUUGGUAAGCGCCUCAAGUCGGUCACCUCCACCUCCAAGAUCACCAAGGCGAUGAAGAUGGUGGCAGCCUCCAAGCUCAAGAAGGCUGAGACCGACAUGGCGAAGGCGCGGCCGUUCGCAGCGUCAGUGCAGAGCCUGAUGAUGCCCCACAUCGGCGUCAAGGAGGAGGACGAGACGCCCUCCACGGUGCUGGCCCUGGCCAUCUCAUCUGACAAGGGCCUCUGCGGCGGCGUCAACUCAAAGAUGGCAAAGGAGGUCAAGCUCGGGAUGGAAGCGUACGUGGGGAAGGGCGUUGAGUCGCCUGAGGUGCUCAUGCUCGGCAGCAAGGGGCGAGAUGCGAUGACGCGCACGCACAGCAAGUUUUUCAAAACAACCUACGACGAGGCCUACGGCGGCAAGGUCACCUUCUCGCUCGCCUCGUUCCUAGCAGAACAGAUGCUUGCCUCGUCAGCCGACAGCUACGUCAUCUACUACAACAAGUUCAAGUCGGUGAUCAACUUUGACGUGACGGCACUCGCCUUCAAGGGCCCGGAGGUUCUCGGUGGCUCGGGCGUGAUGGACGAGUAUGAGUUUGAGGGCGAGAAGGAGGAGAUCCUCGCCGACCUCUACCAGUUCAACCUCGCCGUCUCCAUCUACAGCUGCAUCCUCGAGAACGUGACCUCGGAGCAGGCUUCGCGCAUGACUGCCAUGGACUCUGCCUCCACCAACGCGUCCGAGAUGAUCGAGAAGCUCCAGGUCCAGUACAACCGCUUGAGACAGGCGAAGAUCACCACCGAGCUCACUGAGAUCGUCGCCGGUGCCGAGUCGGUGUGAGCCCGCCGCGCGUUGCUGCCAGAGUGGGGCGCACGCAGCCGUCGAGGCAACCCCAACGCGCCCGCCCGCGCGCGGCUGCCGGCAUCUUUUCGCGGGGAGCGUCGUGUGAGAGUGUUGUGGUGUGCGUGCCCGCUGUCUCGCCACCCACCCGCCUCGUCCCUCGUGUCGAAACCUGCCCCAUGCGCGUCAAGGCUAGAGUCAAAGGCGCGACCGGC